AUGGAAACUAACAUGGGGAAUGAUGAAGCAUUUGAAGAUUACCUACGAAGAGCUGGUCCUGGAUGCUUUGCAACUAUGGAUAGUGUGAAACGCCGAUUGGCCGCCUGUGCAGGAGCCUAUGGCAGCCUAUUCAGGCUUCAACUGUACUUCUCCCAACCUCCAGAUACUAGGAAGUUCACCUGGUCACAGCCCAGCAUGGACGUUCUGUACACUGCAUUGAUACAAUCUCGCCUUUCCCGGUUCUUGCUCGACAAACCAGUGCCAACAGGUAUCACCAUUGAUGGAGAUUAUGAUGCUGGAAACAAUAUUUUUUUUGGAAGGGGGCAAUCUCCCUUGCUGACCGACAUGAAGAAGGUUUCCGACAACUCUGGACUGCUAGACAUAAUAAUGCAUAUAGCGAAGAAUCGAGAAAUCCAAAGCAGUGAACUCGCUCAACCCAGUGGAGAUGUUGCCCGGAUGCAAGCUGCAGAACGUGUGGCAUCUUAUGUCUUUCUAUAUAGCAAGGACGCACCGGACGAGUGGCCAGACGACACUCGAGCGAUGAUCCACGUUGCCAACACUCACAGGACACUUGCUACAAGCAUCCGCAUUCAGCUUGAAGCCUAG